GUCUCCAACAUGCCUCACCUCUCGGCAGACAUCGAGAGCUCCCACAUUGAGCGGGAGGAGUUCAAGUUGAAGGAGUACUCCAAGUCCAUGGACGAGAGUCGGCUGGACCGCGUGAAGGAGUACGAGGAGGAGAUCCACUCGCUGAAGGAGCGCCUGCACAUGUCCAACCGGAAGCUGGAGGAGUACGAGAGGCGCCUGCUGAGCCAGGAGGAGCAGACCAGCAAGAUCCUCCAGCAGUACCAGCAGCGCCUGGAGCAGAGCGAGAAGCGCCUCCGACAGCAACAGGUGGAAAAGGACUCGCAGAUCAAGAGCAUCAUCGGCAGCUUGUCCCUGCAGGCUGAUGUUAGUGGAGGAGGAGCUGCGCAGGGAUCACUCGGCCGCCCUCGACACCUCCGAAACCCGGAAGCGGCUGCUCGACGCUCAGCUGUUUACCAGGUAACUCUGUGUGGCCCCGGUUUUGUCACUUGA